AUGGAGGAUGAGGUGGUGAGCACAUCAAACAAUCAUAUAAAAUCGUUCGAGCAUCAGAACUUGUUAAGGUCAUUUGCAGUUGGACUCUAUGAAGAUUUGGAUUUACGCUGCUCUCUACUCUCAGCACUCGGUUCAUUCGUGGUUGUCUGGUUGAUAGCAGUCAGCAUUUAUUCACAGCAAUAUUUUAUUUUUAUUCUAGUUGGUUCAGCCUUAAUUUGUGCAUUCGGAUUGGCUUUAUUCUGGGAUUGGAAACGCUUCUGGAACAGUGUACAAGCGUCGUUGCUCGGCUCUGUAUUUGCAAUUUCGUUCGUUUACAUCACCGCCGACGUGUCNAUAGCGUUCUUUCACUACAGCGAAUACGUUAUGACAGCGCUGGCAAGUCGACGAGACUUGAGAAAUUCGUCGUAUUUGUUGAAUCAUUCCGUGGAAUAUUGGUUGGCGGCGUUCACAAGCUGGACGGAAUUUUCACUGGAGAGUUAUUUUUGGCCGAAUAGCAAAAGUGAUCGGAUGGCGUACUGUGGUUUGACGAUGGUAUUUCUGGGUGAAGUACUGAGGAAAAUGGCAAUGCUGCAUGCACGUGGUGGCUUCACACAUUUGGUAGCAAACCGAAAAAAAUCAAAUCAUGAAUUGGUAACGAACGGAGUGUACGGAUGGGUGCGACAUCCCGGUUAUUUGGGAUGGUUUAUUUGGUGUGUGGGAACUCAAGUGAUCCUAUCGAACCCCGUUUGUGUUGUUCUGUAUGCACUCGUCUCAUGGAAAUUCUUCAGCGAUCGCAUUCGUUGGGAGGAAUCUUGCUUGAUCUCGUUCUUUGGUUUGAAAUAUAUCAAUUAUCAACGAAACGUACCAUCCGGUAUUCCGUUCGUCAAAGGUUUUCAAGUUGAUAAGUUUGCAACAUGA